UCAAAGCGUCGCAGGUCAGAUUGCAUGACAGUCGGCAUAAAACAGCGGAUCAAGGUGUUUGAAUUGAAUCUAGAGAUAUAUACUUUUUCUUCCUGCCAUUAUUCGUGAAUAUUUCACGGUAACAAUGAAAAAGGCGUUAUUAUUAUUAUCGGUCCUGUUUUUUGCAGCAGGAUUCGUUAAAGCAGAGAGUUUGGUCGAGGAGGAUGUGGGAACAGUGGAAAAUGAUUUGGGUGCCAGCCGCGAAGGAUCUCGUACAGAUAAUGAGGUAGUUCAAAGAGAGGAGGAAGCAAUCAAAUUAGAUGGAUUAAAUGUUGCCCAGAUAAAAGAACUUAGGGAAAAAGCUGAGAAGUUCACCUUCCAAACUGAGGUCAAUCGUAUGAUGAAACUUAUUAUAAACUCUUUGUAUCGUAACAAAGAUAUUUUCUUGAGGGAGUUGAUAUCUAAUGCAUCUGAUGCAUUAGACAAAAUCAGACUACUGUCGCUCACUGAUAAAAAUGUCUUAGAUACCAAUCCAGAGCUAGCAAUUAGGAUAAAGACUGAUAAAGAGAACAAGAUAUUGAGCAUAACUGACUCUGGUAUUGGUAUGACCAAGAAUGAAUUAAUUAACAACCUUGGAACUAUCGCAAAGUCAGGAACUGCAGAAUUCUUAGGAAAAAUGCAGGAUACUUCGAAUGCUCAGGAUUUGAACGAUAUGAUUGGUCAAUUUGGAGUUGGUUUCUAUUCUGCUUUUCUUGUCUCCCAUACAGUAGUAGUUACCUCUAAGCACAAUGAUGACAAACAACAUAUCUGGCAAUCUGAUAGCAGCAGCUACAGUAUUGUAGACGACCCUAGGGGAGACACAUUGAAGAGAGGAACUACAGUUAGCUUGCAUUUGAAGGAUGAAGCAUUAGAUUUCUUAGAAGAGGAUACCAUUAAAGAUCUUGUAAAGAGAUACUCGCAAUUUAUCAAUUUCCCCAUUUACCUUUGGAAUAGUAAGGUUGUCCAAGUAGAUGAAGAUGAUGUGGAAGAAAACACCCCUUCUAAAGAAGAUGAAAGCAAGAAAGAAGAGUCUGUUGAAGACAAAGUAGAUGAGGAGGAGGAUGCAAAAGUUGAAGAUGCAGAGGAAGAGAAAAAAACCAAAAAGGUUGAUAAGACUAUUUGGGACUGGGAACUAUUAAAUGAUUCCAAACCCAUAUGGUCUUUGAAACCAUCUGAAGUUGAAGACAAAGACUAUAAUGAUUUCUAUAAGGCACUAACAAAGGAUACUCAGGACCCUCUAGCAAGGAUCCAUUUUGUAGCAGAGGGUGAAGUCACCUUUAAGUCACUUCUUUUCAUUCCUAAAGUUCAGCCAAGUGACAGCUUUAAUCGUUUUGUCACUAAAGCGGACAAUAUUAAGUUGUAUGUCAGGAGAGUUUUCAUCACAGAUAAAUUUACAGACAUGAUGCCCAACUAUUUGUCCUUCAUUCGUGGUAUCGUUGAUAGUGAUGACUUGCCAUUGAACGUCUCACGUGAAAACUUGCAGCAACAUAAACUCAUUAAAGUAAUCAAGAAGAAGCUGAUUCGAAAAGUGCUGGAUAUGAUAAAAAAAAUUCCUAAGGAAGAUUAUGAAAAAUUCUGGAAAGAGUAUAGUACCAACAUCAAACUAGGCGUGAUCGAAGAUGCUCAGAACAGGGCCAGAUUAUCCAAGCUUCUGCUAUUCCAAUCCUCUACACAGAAAGGUAUGACGUCAUUGUCGGAGUACGUGUCCCGAAUGAAGCCCAGUCAACAGUAUAUUUACUACAUCGCUGGCUCUUCCGAAGAGGAAGUAAAAAAAUCUCCAUUUGUGGAGAGACUGGAUAAGAAAGGUUAUGAGGUUCUAUACCUUACCGAAGCAGUCGAUGAGUAUGCUAUUUCCGCUCUCCCUGAAUUUGACGGUAAGAAGUUCCAGAAUGUAGCUAAAGAAGGUUUUUCGCUUGACGAGGGGAAGAAGGCCAAGGAAAGGAUGGAACAGUUGAAAACUACAUUUAAACCUCUGGUCAAAUGGUUAAAUGAUGUUCUGAAGGAUCAUAUUAGCAAGGCUCAGGUGUCUGAACGUCUCACGGACUCCCCGUGUGCAUUAGUUGCUAGUAUGUUUGGGUGGACAGGUAACAUGGAGAGAUUGGCCAUUUCAAAUGCUCAUCAGAAGACUGACGAUCCCCAGAAGACAUACUACUUAAACCAGAAGAAGACUUUGGAAAUUAAUCCGAGGCAUCCACUUAUUAGGGAACUUCUGCAUAGAGUUGAAGUUGAUAGCACUGAUCAGACAGCGAAAGAUAUCGCAUUAAUGAUGUUCAAAACGGCUACCCUUCGAUCAGGGUACAUGCUUAGAGAAACUGCCAGUUUUGCCGAUAGCGUAGAGCAACUGAUGAGGAAGACCUUGGGUAUUUCUUUAGACGAAGUUCCUGAAGAAGAAGAGCUGCAGGAAGAAGAAUCUGGAUCGACAGAGAAACAGGAAUCGGAGAAAAUCAUAGAUAUAGAUGCCGAUGAGGAUGAACAAGACGAAGAGAAACAUGACGAAUUAUAAUCGAAAAUUGUAUCACAUUAGAUUAUAAUUUUCUAGUUGUAUGGCUAUACAAUGUAUAGUGAAUUAUCAUUGAAGAUGCAACUGUGUUGUUGCGAGUAAAGAUGAACUAUUGUACAGAGGAGAAAAAAGUAUGAUAGCUAUAUCCUUUGAUGACACUUUGCAGCAUUUCAUACUGUUUUUUGUAAUCCAAUACCAUUGCAACAGCGUAUCAAAGGAUAUGAUAAUUAUUUAAAGGUGAAAAAAGGAGAUUUAUCGCUCAUUAAGUUUGUCGUUAUAAUGAUAUGUAAUCUCAUAAGUUCCAUUUUUAGUAAAAAAACAAUUUUCAUAAUUUAUUUCGUUUGAUCUUCCACCUUUAUAUAUAAGUAAGGCGAAAAGAAUUACUGACUGAAUCCAAUAAAUAUAUAUAUAUAUAGUAUGUUUGUGAUGUGAAUGAAUGUAUUUGUAUAAAGGAUAUUUAAAAAAAGA